AAUCUUUAUCACAAAUAUGAAUUGUCCGCGAUAUUUUCAAUCAGUGUUAGUUUAAAUCUGUCAUUAUCAUGGAAUAUGGAGAGCAGUAAAUGAUAUACAGUACUUCGUUAAACACGAAGUAAUUUCCAUCAUUCGUGAAGUUUAUGUGUGAAAACAUGUAGGAAAUUUUUAUUCCAAAUACCCAAGAAAGAAAGAAUUUCAACACUUUUGGAGUUAUCGUGCAAUAUUUGAAUCACUGUAAAGAUGAUGACGACAGACGAUUCAGACAGAAGUCUGCAGUGGAUGAGAUUCAUACCAUUGGUUGCAUCCUUUUUCUUCUCUCUCUUCGGAAUUUUUUAUUCUGCUUGGAAACAGAAUUUCGCAGCUACAUAUACAUCUCUAUAUUUAGAAAUAAUCUGCGUCCUUUUGCUGCGUUUACAUGUUCUGUAUAUGAAGAAUCAAUUGCAGCAAAAAGCUGGUCGUUUAACUGUUAAAAUCAUAAAAAUUUUAGGAAUUGUUGGAGCCUUUGCAUUACUUGUCGUUGGAGGAGUAUUAAUUUAUUUUGCUAUAUCACAAAAACAAGAUUUUCACUGGGAAAAUAAAGGAUGGUAUGUCGCUGCGAUUCCAGCGUUUCUAGGAUCUUUUUGGUCUUUGAUUUUAUUUUUCGAUUGCAAUAAAUUUGAGACAAUUUACGAACAGAGAUAUGUGAAUUUGAACUGAAGUGUAAAGUUUUAUAAAUAAACAAACUUCCCUUUUUGGAAUAA